AUGGCGUCAUCCUUGAGUGGGUCACAGACACAAGACUCUGAUGAAUUACAAGAAAUGUACUGUGAGGAAUGUGACAAGCAUUCAGUAAAAUAUGUGCCUGCGGAAGGUUUCUGUGUGGACUGUGUGGAAUAUAGAUGUGAUCUGUGUAUCUUAUAUCAUAAGAAACACUAUCGUUAUCAUCAAGUUCAAGACAAAAACAAAAUGCCUCAAGAUUUCUGUUUUGAAAAAUGCUCUGAUCAUCCAUAUAAAAUAGCUAAAUUUUACAGUGAAAAAUGUGAUAAAUUUGCUUGCUACGUGUACAAGACAAAUAACCACCAAAACUGUAAUAAAGUCAGACAUUUACCAACGCUAGUUAAAGGAGUGGAGCAAAGUAAUGAGUUUAAGGACCUUUUAGAACAAAUGGACACUUUGUCUGAAGACCUAGAAUAUACAAAACAGCAACUCCAAUCAAAUCUGACAUAUAUCAUUUCGCAAGAAACCAAUGAAAAGUUGAAAAUUAGCAAUCAGAAAGACAAACUUGUGUUUAGCUACAUUAAACAGCAGAAAGAAGGCAUUGAAAGCUUUGAAAAGAAAAUGGAAGAACCGAGGGAAAGGCAGGCAUUUGUUGAACAACUGGCAGAUAAAAAGAGAAAUUUGAGGAGAAACUAA